AAUCCUCCUGUUCAGAAACCUCCUCCUUGUAAAGGGCAGAUUUAGUGUCCUACUGAGUUAGACAAGGGAGAUGCUGGACUUCCCUUUGCUUUGGAGAUUCAAAAAAAUGGCAGCAACAUUCUCCAUAUUUCCUUCACAUUUGAGUUGAUUUUAGCCAAACUUUGAGGCGUGGAAGACGAUAAACUCCUCCAGAGCUCAUAAAUCCAGGCGAGUAGGGAGAAAAGAGAGAGAUCCUGUUACUCCCACAGCAGUGCAGGAGCCUCGUUAGACACCGGCCAGCGCCGCUGGAGACCCUCGAGACUCUUCAAGCUGUUGGGUGUUCCUGGCUCUUGGGAGGUGCUUUAAAUCUGACUGCCAGAGCCGUGGGCUGCUGAGAGCAGAAGCUGCCUGCACGAUGCUGAGCUCAGGUCUUCCUCCCGUCCUCCUGGUGCUCUCAGUGCUGGAGCUGAGCUGGUGCCUGAGUGAUGAAGAAAAGAAGAUCAUCUUGGAUGAGCAUAAUAAAUAUCGCUCCCAGGUCUCUCCUCCUGCCAAGGCUAUGAUGAAGAUGACCUGGGACAAGGAGCUGGAGGCCCUUGCUCAAUCCUAUGCAGAGAAGUGCAUCUGGGACCACAACAAGGAGAGAGGCCGACGGGGAGAAAACCUGUUUGCUAUGGCCCCAACCCUGGAACUAGAAUUCGCCGUGGAAGACUGGAACGGGGAGGAGAAAUUCUACAACUUGACAACAUCCACGUGUGUCCCCGGGCAGAUGUGUGGCCACUACACCCAGGUGGUCUGGUCAAAUACACAUCAGAUCGGCUGUGGGGCACAUUUUUGUGAGAAGAUUGAUGGAAUUGAAACAGAGAACAUGCACCUGCUUGUUUGCAACUAUUAUCCUCCGGGUAACAUGAAAGGCAAAAAGCCCUACAUUGAAGGACCCUCGUGCGAAAUGUGCCCCAUGGACACAGUCUGUGUGAACAACCUGUGUGCAGGUGCCCUGGACACAGAAGAACAGGAGACAAACUCAGACCAGACAAGUGUGGAUCUGCCCAAAGGAGGAGCCCCCAGUACCUGCUUGGGCCUUUCGCUCUUCCUCCUCCCCAGUGCCAUCCUGGUGGGCCUUCUGCUCUGAAGGGUGUUCCUCAGCUGUCCCUGCACCCCUCAGCAAGGCUUUUGUCAGCGCUGGUUGUUCCGCAGCCCUGGUAGGCUCAGGAGGCUCCUUGGACAAUUCACACGCUCCCUCCUUACGCUGCCUUCUCUGCUGCAGCCCCGGCGAGCCAAGGCUGAUGCUGGGGGAACUUUGUCCCCUUCCUGAGGAGACCUGAGGACAGGAGGGUGUUUGCCAUAAUGCUGGUGACCUUGGAUGCUUCUCCUUUUUCCUGGCUUCUCUUCCAUUUCCAGGCUGGAAGUGUUGAGUUCUCCCACCCAUCUGCCCGUGUGGCUGGCAGGCCCUGCCACAGCCUGACCCCGGGGACAGCAGGGUGACUUGGGGACAAUGAGACAUGGUGGUUGGCUUUGGUGUUUGUAGAUGAAACGCAGUGGUUGGCUUUGGUGUUUUGUUUUUUUUUCCAACAGAAAUGCUCUUUUCCCUCCCAGUGUGUCCAUCUCAAUUUUGGACAAGUUUUACCUCUUUCCCUUCUUGUCAAAAUAGAGUGGCUUUUUGAGGAUUUCUGUUUCCUCCUGGUUCUGGUGGAGCUCUGGCCAGUAUUACCCAGCUGUUCCCCCUCUUCUCCUCACACUCUGCAGCCCUUGCCUCCUCCCAAGCCACAGAUUUAUUUUACGCGUGUGCCUGCACCUGUGUGCUCGCACAGAAGAGAAACCUUCAGAGCUGAGAGAGGCCACCAGCUCCUUCAUGUAGCUUUUCCCUGCAUGGCUUCAUUCUUUGCAUAACUGCAGUGUAUUUGAAUUUAGAUACAGAUUCCUCUUGA